UUCUCCAAUCUAACAGCAAUAUCCUCAACUCUCUCUCUCUCUGUCUCUGAAUGAUAAUCACUAACUGAUUCAAUUCUCUCCAUAAAUACAUUCAACAAGGCUUUUUGUACCUCUCCCAUGCAUCUCUUCCAUCUCUAAAAUAGACUUUGGCUUCGGUCUCUGAUUUUUUAGAAGCUUGGAGACUCAUGGGUUAUACUCCAACAGCAACCACUCCUCAUCUUUAUCCUCAAGCACUUCAAGUUAAACUUUACCAGGCUUUCAUAUUUUCAAUUCCCAUCCUCUUCUCCAUUAUUCUAUUCCUCUUGUUUUACUUGUUCUACCUCAAGAGAAGGGCUACCUCACUCUCAUCUCCUACUCAGAUUCUUCCGACAACAGCUAACCAGUCUACUCAAUCUGUGCUCUCUGUUUGUCAGAUUGGUUUGAACAAAGAGAUCAAAGACAAGCUUCCAAUUGUAUUAUUUGAUGAAGAAUUAAGGACAAGAGAAUCACAGUGUUGUGUUUGUUUGGGCGAAUUCGAGAUCAAAGAAGAGUUGCUGCAACUCCCAACUUGCAAACAUGUGUUUCACAUUGAAUGUAUUCAUCAUUGGCUGCACUCAAACUCAACUUGUCCACUUUGUAGAUCCUUUGUGAUCCCCACUACCAAACUUGAAAAUCAGGCGCAGUCUGGUGGACUUGAGACACAACUACAGCAAGUUAAUCCAAACUCCGACUAUAGUCUACAGAUUGUAUCAUAAGAACAGCAACAAGAGUUCAGCCAUAGCCUUGUGGUACCUUAUUGAAAAAUCAUCAACCGCUGAAGCUUCUUCAUUGGACUCUGCUGAGAGCUUUCCUUUUCCACAGAGAAUGGGAAGGGGUAGUUCAAGUCAAGAAUCUGUUGCUCUACAUAUCCAAACAUAGUAACACAAAGAUGAGAAAUUUUGUUUUCUUCAUGAAGCUCAAAUUAAUAAAGUAGAAAGGCAGAGGACCUCAGCCAUAUACCACAUACAAAAUGGUCUAAGCUACUUUGGCUUUAUGGACAUUUAUUUUAUAUACUUUUUCUUUCUCUUC